UCCUCCCGGCCUUCUCCCUCUCCCUCCUUACUAUAUAUAAUACCACAAGCCCCUCCAUUCCGUUCAGGUCGAUGGAAUAUCGAUCAAGGAGAUCAUUCCCAUCGACGAUGGAUAUCCUCUGCAUUUGCGUGCUUUACCUCCCCAUACUCUUUGUGUCCCUCUCUCUUGUCUACCUCGUCCACAAACAUAAAUCAGGAAAUGGCACCGGCCUUAAUCUCCCACCCGGCAGGAUGGGAUGGCCAAUCAUUGGCUAAUCCCCUCGUCAUUGUCGGGGUUCGAUUUGAGCAGAGCAGAUGGAAAUUGCGAGGAGGAAAGGGCCGGAUGAGUUACUCAACUGGGAAGACAUACGGAAGAUGAGGUAUUCCUCGAUGGUUAUGUGGGGCCAUGAGGUUGUGCCCCCCUGGUCAUGGUGCCUUCCGAGAGGCAACAACGGGCUUCGCUUACAAUGGCUUUUACCAAUCCUAAGGGCUGGAAGACUUACUGGACAGUGCCCUCUACGCACAAGGACCCCAGAUGCUUCCCCAAUCCAGAGAAGUUUGAUCCUUCAAGAUUCGAUGGGAGUGGACCUGCUCCGUUCACUUUCGUACCCUUUGGAGGAGGACCUCGAAUGUGCCCGGGAAAAGAAUUUGCCAGGGUGCAGAUACUUGUUUUCGUGCACAAUGCGGUGACCCAAGUUCAGAUUGAAGAAAGUCAUCCCCGAGGAGAACCAUACAGUUCUGUGAAAGACAGAGGGCCUCUUUUAAUGGAUCAGUCUAUUGAUGGUAAACUCUCGCUACAACAAAUUCAAGACACUCGGAAAAUCUUAUAGCAUGCAUAAGACACGUGAUCGAUCAAGCCCCGAAGUUUUCACCAACUGAGGGUCGGCCCUAUGGCUUGACAAAUAAAGCAAUUGCUUUAGGUCCCCAAUUUUAAGCAAUAUAUCGAACCCCUAAAAUCAAUUUGCCUUGUUUAAUUUAUAAUAGAUUAAGGCCUCUAACAUUAAAUUUCCUAACUAUAAUAAAUUAACUUGCCAAA